GUUCCCCGGGCUCGGAGGCGACGGCAUUCCUUAUUCCUACGUUUCUCGUCGCUUCACUCUGCCUCUUCUGCUGUGCCUGCGAGGGAACUUUCGCCGCCGCCUCAAGUUUGUUGCGGGUCAGCUGCCGGCGGCCACCUGCACUUGCCAUUGGCCAGAGCGCGCUGUGGAGCGGCCGAGAGAGGCACUGGCAGCUAGCGCACAACAAGGAGCGGGGCUCGAAGGCGACGGGAGGCAGUGGCCGGCGCUUUUGCUUCACCCCACCCCGAGGAACAAGAGGUGGCUGAGCUGUUCCCCCCUCCCCCCCGCUUCAGAGGCAUCCCGGCUCCUUUUCUCCCUCUUCCAGCAAGCUUGGCAAACUUGAGACAUCUUGGGCUUGAGAGCGGGGGCGGCUGUUUAGUUGUCCUCGCUCGGACAGACUAGGACGCACCAUGGCGCCUCCCACGCAGAGACUGUAGUCGAAAAGGGGGAAAAAGCCGCCCCGCUUGUGUCCAGCCCAGCUGAAACUGAAGAGAAACCCCGCUUGCCACGCCAGCAUCUCUGCUUUACAGGGCUGUUGUGUGGAAAAGAUGGUUCUUUAUUUGGACUGGUUUGUCCCUUUCCCUCUCCUACUUUUGUACUACUGGAUGGUUACAACUUUAUCCCUAAAUCUUGAGGAUCCAAAUGUCUGUAGCCACUGGGAGAGUUAUUCUGUUACAGUGCAAGAAUCCUAUCCACACCCUUUUGAUCAAAUAUACUAUACCAGCUGUACAGACAUUCUGAACUGGUUUAAAUGCACACAACACAGAAUCAGUUACCGCACUGCCUAUAGACAUGGAGAAAAAACUAUGUACAGACGGAAAUCUCAGUGUUGCCCUGGAUUUUAUGAAAACAGAGAAAUGUGCAUCCCUCACUGUGCUGAUAAAUGUAUCCAUGGCCGUUGUAUUGCUCCAAACACCUGUCAAUGUGAGCCUGGCUGGGGUGGACCCAACUGCUCCAGUGCAUGUGAUAGUUACCAUUGGGGACCACACUGCACUAGUCGCUGCCAAUGCAAAAAUGGAGCCUUGUGUAAUCCUAUCACUGGAGCCUGCCACUGUGCUGCUGGAUUCAAGGGAUGGCGCUGUGAAGAACACUGUGACCAAGGGACGUAUGGAAAUGAUUGCCACCAAAAAUGCCAGUGUCAGAAUGGAGCCACUUGUGAUCAUGUGACUGGAGAGUGCAGAUGUCCUCCUGGAUACACUGGAGCUUUCUGUGAGGAUCUCUGCCCCCCCGGGAAACAUGGACCACAGUGUGAAGAAAGAUGUCCAUGCCAGAAUGGAGGAGUGUGUCAUCAUGUAACUGGGGAAUGUGCCUGUCCUCCUGGAUGGAUGGGCACAGUCUGUGGUCAGCCUUGUCCUGAAGGGCGUUAUGGAAAAAACUGCUCCCAAGAAUGUCAGUGUCACAAUGGAGGCACAUGUGGCUCAGCAACAGGUCAAUGUCACUGCAGCCCAGGUUACACAGGGGAACGGUGCCAAGAUGAAUGUCCAGUGGGAACAUUUGGAGUACAAUGUGCAGAAACCUGCCAAUGCAUGAAUGAUGGAAAAUGCUAUCACAUUAGUGGUACAUGCCUUUGUGAGCCAGGAUAUACAGGGCAACACUGUGAAACAAGACUGUGCACUGAAGGUGUCUAUGGUAUCAAAUGUGACAAAAGAUGCCCCUGUCACUUGCCAAAUACCCAAAGCUGUCAUCCAAUGUCUGGGGAAUGUUCCUGCAAGCCGGGCUGGUCUGGACUCUACUGUAAUGAGACAUGUUCCCCAGGAUUCUAUGGUGAAUCGUGUCAACAAAUUUGCAGUUGCCAAAAUGGUGCUGACUGUGACAGUGUGACUGGAAAAUGCAUCUGUGCCCCAGGAUUUAAGGGUUCUGAUUGUUCUAUUCCUUGCCUUCUUGGAACAUAUGGAGUAAAAUGUUCCUCUACAUGCAGCUGCAAAAAUGAGGCCAUCUGUUCCCCAGUGGAUGGUUCUUGUACUUGCAAAGCAGGUUGGCAUGGAGUUGACUGCUCUAUAAACUGCCCUAGUGGAACAUGGGGUCUUGGCUGUAAUUUAACAUGCCAAUGCCUUAAUGGAGGGGCAUGCAAUACACUGGAUGGAACUUGCACCUGUGCUCCAGGAUGGAGAGGAGAAAAAUGUGAACAUCCGUGUCAGGAUGGCACAUAUGGGUUGGACUGUUCAGAGCGCUGUGACUGCAGCCAUGCAGAUGGCUGUCACCCAACUACUGGCUACUGUCACUGCCUCCCAGGAUGGUCAGGUAUGCACUGUGACAGCGUAUGUGCUGAAGGACACUGGGGUCAAAACUGUUCACUGUCCUGCUACUGCAAAAAUGGAGCAUCAUGUUCUCCAGAUGAAGGGAUCUGUGAAUGUGCACCUGGCUAUAGAGGCACCACUUGCCAAAGAAUUUGCUCUCCUGGAUUUUAUGGUCAUCGCUGUAGUCAGGCAUGCCCCCAGUGUGUCCACAGCAGUGGCCCAUGUCAUCAUGUGACUGGAUUGUGUGAUUGUUUACCUGGUUUCACAGGAGCUCUCUGCAAUGAAGUCUGUCCCAGUGGCAGAUUCGGGAAGAAGUGUGCAGGAAUUUGCACAUGCACCAACAAUGGAACCUGUAAUCCAAUUGACAGAUCUUGUCAAUGUUAUCCUGGAUGGAUUGGUAGUGACUGUUCUCAGCCUUGUCCUCCUUCCCAUUGGGGCCCAAAUUGUAUCCAUACCUGCAACUGCCACAACGGAGCUCACUGUAGUGCUUAUGAUGGGGAGUGUAAAUGUACACCGGGAUGGACUGGUCUCUACUGUACGCAAAGAUGUCCUUUGGGAUUUUAUGGAAAGGACUGUGCGUUAAUCUGUCAGUGUCAGAAUGGAGCUGACUGUGAUCACAUCUCAGGGCAGUGUACAUGUCGCACAGGAUUCAUGGGGAAACACUGUGAACAGAAGUGCCCCCCAGGUACGUAUGGGUAUGGCUGCCGGCAAAUAUGUGACUGUCUGAACAACUCAACUUGUGAUCACAUCACUGGAACCUGUUAUUGCAGCCCUGGCUGGAAAGGAACAAGAUGUGACCAAGCUGGGGUAAUAAUAGUGGGAAAUUUGAACAGCUUAAGCCGCACUAGCGCUGCCAUCCCUGCUGAUUCUUACCAGAUUGGAGCUAUUGCUGGCAUCAUUAUUCUUGUCCUUGUUGUCCUCUUCCUGCUAGCACUAUUCAUCAUUUAUAGGCAAAAGCAGAAGGGGAAGGAAACAAAUGUGCCAGCAGUUACCUAUACACCUGCCUUGAGGGUCAUCAAUGCAGACUACAGCAUUUCAGAAACUAUUCCUCACAGUAAUGGUGGAAAUGCUAAUAGCCAUUACUUCUCCAAUCCAAGCUAUCACACUCUAACACAGUGCUCAAACCCAACGAAUGCCAACAACAUGGACAGGAUUACCCUGGCAAAGUCAAACAACCAACUGUUUGUGAAUCUUAAGAAUGUGGAUUCUGGGAAGCGAGGUCCUGUCGUGGAUUACACAGGAACCCUACCUGCUGACUGGAAGCAUGGAGGUUACCUCAAUGAGCUUGGGGCUUUGGGAAUUGAUAGAGGUUGUAUGGGGAAAUCUCUGAAAGAUCUAGUAAAGAAUUCCGAAUGCAAUUUAAGCAACUGCUCCUUAAGUAGUUCUGAAAAUCCUUAUGCUACUAUUAAAGACCCACCAGCACUGACACCAAAAAAUUCAGAAUGUGGAUAUGUUGAAAUGAAGUCACCAGCACGAAGAGACUCCGCCUAUGCAGAAAUUAGUAACUCUGCUUCAACCAAUAAAAACGUCUAUGAAAUUGAACCUACAGUUAGUGUUAUCCAGGGGACAUUUAGUAACAAGGGACCUUUCAGCCAAGAUCUUUAUGAUCUGCCAAAAAACAGCCACAUUCCCUGCCAUUAUGACCUGCUGCCUGUUCGGGAUAGUCCAGCAUCUUCAGAGAAAGACGAUAGCAGCGAAUGAUACCUGAUGAGAAUUCUAGAGCAGAGUGGACCUCUUAUGGAGAACUAGGAUCUAGUUGAACCUUUUCUUCUAUUUUGCCAUCUGCAUUCAGUAAACCUUUUUGCUAUACAAAUCAAGCUAUGGUUUGUAUAUGCUCAUGGCGGAUGGAUAGAUACCAUGCUUGGAAGACCCUGUCAGUUUUUACAUUGCAAUUAAUGUUUAGAAAAGAAAUGCCAAACAUUUAUAAUGUAAUGUACUGGCUCAAAGGUACAAGCUUGAGUACAGUUCUUGUGCCAGCUGUAUUGUUGUUCCUACAAAGGAUGGCCAUUUUUUUUUACUAGCUCAACUUGCAGUUGACAUGCAGCCAAGACUAUACAAUCUACCAAAUACUCAUCUAGCCAAGUCAACUGAAUUACUAGUUACUCUGGUAAAAAAAGAAACCAAUGUGUUGUUGCUUUUUCCACAUGUCAUUCUAUCCACUUGACUUGGAUUGAUUUGGGAAAGCCAAGGCAAUAUAAUUACUCCAUUGCUGGUGAUGGAAAUAUAAUACAGGAAUUCCUUUGAAUGUGAGGGAAUUCUUGGAUGAAGAUGGCUAGAUACAUGUGAUGAAAUAAGAUUUGGCACCAGUUCUUGCCAAAUCGUGGGUAAAACUGAGGCUCACAGUUAGCAAUUUCGAGUACAAUUUUUGCUCUAUGCAAGUAAUAAUGCAUAACAUAUCAGUACUUGUUUCAUAAACAUGUAAGUAAAAUGGGUUUAUUUUUAUCAAAAUGAAUUGAAUGAGUGGAUAAGAGAAAGACAAAAUGUAUAUGCUGUACAUUUUAAAUGCAAGGAAAUGUCUCAGUGUUAUAAACAAGUAGCACUAUUGUGAUACUGAAUAAGAAUAAUACAUUUGAUCAAUCUUUGUGCAUACUUGUUAAAAAACCUUUUCUUUUUUGUAAUUGAUUUAGAGAAAAUAUGCUUAAGCAGGUCUUUCGCAUUGCAAUACCUUGGCAUGUAUACUCCACAUUUCAUUAACUUGUAUCUCUAUGUUAAAAUAAUGUAGCUAUCUUUUAUAGUGCUUUAGAAUAACAGUGCAGAAGUAUUAAAUUUUAUGUCCCUUGUAGUUUUGUCAACUCUCCCCCCCUCCCAUUAUGUCUGAUUUAGGAGAACUGUUUUUUAUGAAACAAAAAUAUUAUUUAGAUAAUGUCAAUUUCUCCAUCAGAGAUAGGCCAGAAAAGUAAUCUUAAACUAGCAUGUAAACUGUUGAAAUUCUUAUUCAGUUUUAAAACUGAUUUAGUGUUAGUACUAGGGAUAAUGUUUAUAAUGAGGAAAAAGUAUUAAAAAAAGAAACCAAAUUUUCCCAUUGUUUCAACUAUUUUUUCACCCUAGAAGUGUCAUUUCUCUAUUCCAAAGGUAUUUUUGUGUGUUCCAACGAGCCAAUUUUCAGUUGAAUUGUCAUACAAAUGUAAACAUUGCAAAGAAAUCUCUUUAUCUCUUUCUUUUUGUCUCUCCCCCCAAUGUAGACUUGUUCUAUACAAUUUAACUUUCCAUUACUAAAUUAUUUUUAGCCCUAACAGUAACAGAGAAUUCCUUAAACUAUUAUGUAUAUUUGUGAAUGUUUAGUUUAGUUUACAACCUGUCAUUUCAUCUCCAUGGUACAUCUGAAUCCUAAAGCUGGUAAAUCAUAUAUCAGGACUGUUAAGUUUAUCACCAUUGAACAAGGUAGAGAAAUGUUCCACUAUUGUCUCAACCUGUGUACAAUAUGCUUGGUUUCUAGUACCUAGAGCUAUUAAAUUCAAAGAAUUACCAUGACUGUGAUCCAACAAAUGGAACUGAAAACAGCUACUGAUAAUGGUGUUAAAGAAAAGCUUUUCUGGGUACUCAAGAGACCCUGAAAUUGAAAUACCAUACUUUGCUUUAUUCAAUGUUAUGUAACGCAUUCACAAUCAAAAGCCAUUGCUGUAGCCUGUUGAAGCCAUUGGCAUCCUGCAUCUUUAAACUUGCUAAAGAUACAUAAUCUUGUUGGGACAUGCAAACAUGAAAGAUGAAAACAUGGUGAUUUGGAAUUUAAGCAGCACAAAUAUCUUGCUGUGGGAUAAGUUUGAUAUGGUGUUGGAAUAGCUCUACACUCUUGUGUAUGUUACAAAAACUCACAAAUAAAGCCUAUCCUUUUUUUAAAAAAAAUGUUAUUACAGUUAUAAUUUCUAGCAAUUUCAAAGUCACAAUAAAUGCUUUGUGUGGUAAGCCCCAGCACCUGAAUACUCAUGAAUCCCCAAACUUGGAUUGGAGACUGCUUCAUCCAAUCCACAUCACACACAAAAAGAGUUUGUGAUGCAGAUUUUCAAGAAAAGGGAAUAUAUGUAACAUGCAACAUAAGAAGCCACCUAGUACUG